GCGGCGGAGGGGCCCGGGAGGGGCGGAGGCUGGGGCCAGACGCCUCGCAGCCGCUGCCUCGGCGAAUAGCAGUGCGCUGCCCGCCGGGAUUGGAGCAGCGGCAUCACGCUGACCUCUGCCUGGGAUGUAAACCGGGCCGGCCGCAGCGGGCAGAGGAAGGCUCUCGGCUCCUCCGGGAAAGCCAGCCCAGCACCGGGUGCCGAGCGGGGCGCAGGGAGCGGCGGCAGCCUCGGCCUGGGCAGCGCCCAGCGGCGGCUGCGGGAAGUCGAGGGAGCCCGGCGCGGGCGCGGGCGGGGAGCGUGCGUCCUUUCGCAGAGGCAGCGGGAGGAGGGGCGGCGCGAGCCAUGGCCGGGGACAGCGAGCAGACCCUGCAGAACCACCAGCAGCCCAACGGCGGCGAGCCCUUCCUGAUCGGCGUCAGCGGGGGCACGGCCAGCGGCAAGUCUUCCGUUUGUGCUAAGAUCGUGCAGCUCCUGGGACAGAAUGAAGUAGACUAUCGCCAGAAGCAGGUGGUCAUCCUGAGCCAGGAUAGCUUCUACCGUGUCCUCACUUCAGAGCAGAAGGCCAAAGCCCUGAAGGGCCAGUUCAAUUUUGAUCACCCGGAUGCCUUUGACAAUGAACUCAUAUUCAAGACACUUAAAGAAAUCACCGAAGGAAAAACAGUCCAGAUUCCCGUGUACGACUUUGUAACCCAUUCCAGGAAGGAGGAGACGGUUACUGUCUACCCUGCGGAUGUGGUGCUCUUCGAAGGGAUCCUGGCCUUCUACUCCCAGGAGGUGCGAGACCUGUUCCAGAUGAAGCUUUUCGUGGACACAGACGCAGACACCCGGCUCUCCCGCAGAGUAUUAAGGGACAUCAGCGAAAGAGGGAGGGACCUUGAGCAGAUUUUAUCUCAAUACAUUACAUUCGUCAAGCCUGCCUUUGAGGAAUUCUGCUUGCCAACAAAGAAAUAUGCUGAUGUGAUCAUUCCUAGAGGUGCAGAUAAUCUAGUGGCCAUCAACCUCAUCGUGCAGCACAUUCAGGACAUCCUGAACGGAGGGCUCUCCAAACGGCAGACCAAUGGCUAUCUCAACGGCUACACCCCUUCACGCAAGAGGCAGGCCUCAGAGUCCAGCAGCCGGCCGCACUGACCCCCGUCUCCUGCAGACCCCGGCCCCUGUCUCCAAGGGACAGGAAGAGGGGCAGGAGGCACUGUGCAUCUAUACAUACGGUUUCCUAUGACAUUGCUGUAUUUAAGAAAACACCAUGGAGAUGAAAUGCCUUUUUUUUUUUUUUUUUUUUGGUACUUUGGAGCGGUGAAAUGAAACAGAGCUUGACCCUGAGCUUAAAGGACAAACUGUGCCAACUACUACUGGUGAUGCCUAAUUAUGAGACCCACGUGUAACCAGUUAUAAAUACAUAUAUAUAUACAUAUAUAUAUAUAAAAGGAUCUAUUUUUGUGUAAAUGUACAAAUACUGUACAGCUGUCUGCCGUAAGUAUUCUGCAGGAGGGCCUGUACUCGAGUGUUUUGGGGGCUGGAGCUGGAGUUUCACCAAAGGGAAGUGGUCCGGCUCAUGCGUCUGGGAGAGAGGCUCACAGCUCACAGUUCUCAGCCUCUGGGGGCCUUGUUGGCAGUGGCGUUUGGAACCUUUGAUUACCUCUCCUGCCAGAUGCCAUCUUCUUGGAGCUGGAGCUUUAGGAUAAUGUCGAUGAGAGAUCCUCUUUUUUUUUCUUUUUCCUUUUUCUUUUUUUUUUUGAGUUGAAAUUAGGCAAGACCUCAACUCAAAAAUCAAACUCAGGGAAGAGGCCCACUGAGGGGAACAAGUCAUGCGUUUUCUUCUUGCCCCCACCCCACCUCUGGCUGCUCGGGCAGCUCUACCUGACUUUCCUUACUCACCUGUUUCUCAGUCUCUCCGAAAGCCAGAGCUGCCUUGCUCCCCUUCUCUAGUGGGGAUGUAACGGGGUCACUUCCCAAUGUAGUGGGGAAGGAGGGAGUAGCGGGGCUAUGCCUGUCAUGUUGUCUGAGAUGCUGGCGCCUCCCAGGGAGGUCCCUGAUGAGAUUCCUCGGGCUUUCCCCCAGGCUGUGUCGUGCACAGUGGACCCUUGCAGUCUAGGCAUCGGUCGAGGACCUCUGCUGGCAGACAGCCUGUCGCAGGGUGGCCAGAGAGCUCCCUGUGUGGGGAGCGGCAGCUUUUGUUCCCCAGAGCCUGGGGAUCUGCAGCGAGGUGAGGAUCACAGGGGCCAUCCCUGGCAGCAUCACAGCCACACUGAUCGGCUUAUUUACCACGCUGUCGUGUCACAGGACAGCUGCUGGGCACAAGGGGAGGGAAGAGGAGUCGUGUUUUUCAGUCACGGGUUGGAGUCUUAGGCUGAAAACAUUAGAGAUGGAGAAAUCCAGCUUUCCCAAGGGCUCCCCCUUGAUGGAAACGUCCUUCUUGGAAGAAGUACAGAUUCUUGACGAUUCCUGGUGGAGAGGGGUGGAGGAAGCAGGGGACCAAGCAACGUGGGGGAGGUGUGAUUACAGAGUCCUAAAGCCUCACCUUUUAACUGCAGAAGAGCCAGAACCUUUCCAUUUUCGUGUGGACCAUCUCAGUGCUCGGUAGGCUACACCCUUAGUCAUUCCUUUAUUGCCACGACCUGAAACGUUUUGGGGAACCUUCACCUUCCAUUGUUUCUGUAGCCCCGUGAGCCAUUCAGAUAAACUGACUCCUUUAACUCUAGUCACACCGAAUCGUCCCUGUAGACCCAGCACCGUCCGGUUUGCUUCUCCUUUUCUGGACUCCAUUUGACUCUAACUCUGUUCGGCUGUGUCAGAAAGUGAAACCUAAUCCCCAACAGGGCUUUGCUGCCCCUGAGACCUUCAGGAGACUGUGCUGCAGACUCUGGAGGGAGCCCCCGAGGGCAGCAACUGCCUGGUUGGAGCUUCAGAGGUGCCUGCUCUGAAGGCCGGUACCCGGGGGGAUGGCCAAGUUCUGGAGUGCGUGUUUCCGAGUCAGUAUUGGUUAUCUUUCCAGUCUUGCCUGGUGUGGUUCUGGGAUAAAGGGUAGAUGGCAGGCCUGGGUUAGGAUCCUGAGGACCCAAGGGCCUCCUGCCUUGUUGGGUGGGGCCUGUCUGUGCUCAGGGGAAGCCCAUCCCUGUCUGGGAGAGCCUCGGCCCUUCGGUGGGUAGCACGCUCAACUUUACUUGAAGCUCCCAGGUGCCAAACCAUUCAGUGCCUUGGCUGUCUAUCCCACUGCCUUGGAAGACGGAUUCUUCUCAUCUCUGAGCCUUGACUUACUUAGCUGCUUCCUCAUGUGCUCGUGGUGUUGGGACCAAGCCUCCAGUGUCUCUGAGUAGCCCUGUCCUCAUUGGGGAACAGCUCUAGGGCUGCCUUGCCCCUGGGUAAAGCCAUCACCAACUCUUGGUGUCUUGGCUGGGGGCUCGCUGGGCUGUGCUGACGACUCCUCUGGUUCUGUGACACAGGAUGUCUGGGGCAAGGAGGGGAUAGGAAGCUCUGCUUCUGUGGUCACCCCAGCAUUUAGCCAACUGAGUAUCUGAACUUGAGCUUUCUAUGUGGCAAAUCCCGGACUUGGUAGUUUUAAGAAAUCAGAAAGGCACUGGAUUUCUGAUUCUGCUGGAGAGUCAGAUAGAAUCAUUAGGCCAGAAAUCAUGACUAGCAUUGUCUGGGUACUCUCUGCUGUCCAGGGAGGCGACACCAGUGAGCAGAAUGGGGCAGUGUUGGCCGUGUGGGCAUGGGAGUCUCUUGGGUUCAGAGAAGCCCCGGUGGUGGUUGCUUCUCCCUGCUGCUGCUGCGCAGGUGUUGUCAGCAGACCAUGUGUUUAGGGAACAGGCUUUGUGUCGUGGCAAGGCCUGGUGCCAUGCUCCUGCACCCUGGUGGAACUUCUGCUGCUCUGGGUUUCUUGUUCUUGGGCAGCCUGAGAGCAAUAGGAACAGAGAGAUGGGAGUAUGUAUGAGUAAGAUAAAACAGUGUUGUGGCCGCAGGUGCCCUUUGAUUUGGAGUGGCUAGGGUACGCCCUCGAAGAGGUGGUGGUUUUUGAAGAACAGGCUGGAGAGGGUGGCAGGGAAAGGUCUCCAGUUAACCCUUCAGAACCUGUUGUCUCUGCAACAACCCACUGUGGUCUUGGCGGCUGGGCGGUCAAGGACACUGGCUUCCUGCCUCUCCUGGGCUGGCUUGGACACUUGUUUCUGUGCCCAGUGUGGGUUGUCAGGCUGAAGGCUUGCUUGUAGGAGGGGCUGGAGCCCAGCUGGUUUCUGUAUCACGCCCUUGCUGUUCUUGUGCAGCUUCCCUGAUUCAGCAACCUUGACCUGCACCAGGGCCCAAGGCCAUUGGAGGGAAGCAGUUGCCUCUCGCAGGGAAGUGUUUUCCUCUGCCCUGGAGUCCCCCACCUGCCUGUCAACAGCCGCGUGGGAGAAGCAGGCCAGGGAGGUUCCGGGUCCCAUCGCUGGGCUUCUGGGAAAGGCUGACUGGACUUCUUUGCCACUCCUGCCCUUCACCCUGACCUCACGGUGGAGUGGAGAACGUCUCAGUGUCCCAGCAAGUGAGAGGGAGAGCAGGCUGGGGAAACUGUCGGGGCAAGUCAGGAACUGAGUCCCCUUUGAUCCUGGUCUCUGGGCCUCUGUGGCCCUCCUCGGGCAGGGGGGCCAGUUACAGGUCAGCCUCCUAGCUAGCCAGUCCUGCCUCAGGAACAGGCUGAGUUGGUAAAUAAAGACGUAGGCCUUUUUUUGUCUUUCAGAUGCUUGCGCUUCCCCUCUUUCUUUCGACUGCCUUGCCUUUAUUGUUAGCAGUUACAUAAAUGACCACAUACUCUGUACUUUGCUGUAAAUAAAGACUGAACAGAAAAGAACGCACUCUUGCCUUCUUUGUGGUGCUGGGGCAGGAGGAACAGUGGCUGAGGCCAGCGGGCUGAUGGGAAGACAGCACCUCCAGGCUGGGCUGUGUGGAUCCGGGCACCAGCCUACUGUUGCGGGGCCUCCCCAUCCUGGGCUGCACCCAGGCCUCCGUGCGUGCACUUGAGUGUUUCUGCUCCGUCCCUGAAAGGCAGGCCAAGGUCCCUGGGAGGUUUCUGUUCACUGGCUCUGCUCCUCUGAGGUCAUCUGGUUUUUGCAGUCUCCUCCCUCCCUGCCCUCCCUUCCCCGUCCCUUCCUCAACUUUCACAAUAAAAGCCAGAUCAAAACCUUCUAAAGAAAGAAAACUUUAUUGGGGUUGGGUGGAGGAAAGUUGACCUUAUGAUGAUGUGAACAACUUCAAGUUGAAUACACAAGCAUGUAUGUGUGUGAUUACCCUGGAUGGCCGUAUCUAGUUCACAGGCACACAUCAAUCAAUGCAGAGAAUCGUCUAUCUCCUUGUUAUUAAAAGAUCUAGGUCACCCACUACCCAGGACUUUAAAAUAAUUGGCUUUUGUGCUCUUUGUAGCACCCCAACUCCCGCCCCAGCUUCCCUUUCAUCCCUUCACCCCCUGCCUUCCAGGCACCAAAUGACCCUCACCGAUGUGCAGAGUUGCCCUGCUAUUUCCAGCCACUUGUUCCAAGGAUAGGGGCAAACCCUUAAGGAAUUCAGAUCUAGAAGAGCUUGGAUUUAAGAGGAGUCCAUCCUCAGAAGGCUGCUGUGUUUUUACAUAACACUUAGGUGUGUAUUAUCAAGCUUGAUUAUUUCCUGCAGGCAGAUGAAGAUGUUGUGAGUCAUGGUUGUGCAAGCCACUUUAGCUGUGAUCCAGUGUGCUCUGUGCUUUGCUCUCACAUCUCCCCUGUCUGUGGACCACAUCUGGAGUUAGAUGCUUUGCUUGGCACUCCGCUCAUUUCUCAGAACUUAGUUCUGCUUCCUUGUUGUAAUUGGAGGAACAGUGGUGCAGUCCAGUGAAGCUUGAGCGGUUUGCUUUGCCUCUCCACCCGUCUGUGACAGCAUCAUCUGAGCCACUUUCUGCUCUGCAGCCUGGACUCACCUGUUUGACGAGUGAGUGCUGCUGUAAUCAAACCACAUUGGCUAGAUUGAAAGAAACAUGUUAGGACUUGCCUAAAAGUUUUAAAGAUGAGAGGUAGAGAAGGAGACUUAGGAUGUGGGAAAGUCCACUUUGAGAGGAUGGGACCACGGGUUGAUUUCUGUCAUCAUCUGGUGCUGGAGGAUGUUUAGAUUUCUUUCUUUUUUCUUUUUUUUCCUGUUUUUGUUGGGGUAUAAUUGUUUUACAGUGUUGUGUUAGUUCCUACUGUACAGUGAAGUAGAGUUCCCUGUGGUAUAAAACAGGUUCUCAUUAUCUAUUUUAUACAUAUUAGUAUAUAUGUGUUAAUUUCAAUCUCCCAAUUCAUCUGCCCCCGCAGGACUGCCCCCUCUCCCCCCACCCCAUUUCCUCCUUGGUGUCUAUACGUUUGUUCUCUACAUCUGUGUCCCUAUCUCUGCCUUGCAAACCAGUUCAUCUAUACCAUUUUUCUAGAUUCCAGAAAUAUGCAUUAAUAUACGAUAUUUAUUUUUCUCUUUCUGACUUACUUCACUCUGUAUGACAGUCUCUAGAUUUCUAUUUUAAAGCAGAGUUUAAACACAUUUGCUAAAAUCCCAGAAUGAAGUUAACCUUCCUGGUAAAUCUUGGGCUAUACCUGCACAUAUGCUUAUAUAUCUUUUCAAUAAACCAUGAACUAAAAUAACAAACCAGACAACUGAAUCAGUGUGAGCUAGGACUAAAGAUUUAUCCAGACAUAUCUCCUGAAAUGAAUGGAUGGAGGUAAAGGGUGGGAGAACGUGAAAUUGAGCCUUAUACAAACUCAUUUUUUACAGUCCAGUCCAUGCUUGGCAUCCCCUUUUACAGUGAGGAUUUGCUGGGACUAGGUCAGUGGUGCCCACAAUGUGUGGCUGGGAUGAAGGUAGCCUGGGGUUCACCACAGUAUUGAGUGCUGACUGCCCUGGGCCAGGGAAGGCCAGCCUGGCCUCUGCUUUUCAAGCUUAUGCGUUAUGUGGGGUUUUAUCUACAAGUCCAGGAUGCUCUCACUAAGGAUAUUAGAGUUGAGGAUAUUUCCAGAUUCCUCUUUAUCAGUGAGCACUAUGUACACCAUGUACUUUCUUUUCAGCCUCUGAAAUUCCCAGCUUUCAUGAUAAUACUCACACCAGACUUUUCCAGCCAUCAAACAGUCCUGCAAAGUAUGUAAGGAAUGUGGUCCUGCUCCAGUUUUCCCGAGGAAGCUAGGACGUAGGGCAAGCUGCAGGAUGAGGCUGUCUGGUGCAUGUGUGCCAUCUAGUGGUGGAACUCAGUUCUCAACAGGAGGGUUGCCUUGGGUUGCUGGACCAAUGCCAUUUCUAUCAAGGUUUCUAAGAAAGUUGUCAGAGGGCCUAGAAGUCUAACUACUGCUGUGAUUUCUUUCUUUUUUUAUUUUUCCCCCUCCCUGGAAGAUCUUUAUUAAAGACUUCAUUAGGACAAGGUAGGAGCAUCAGCUCCUACAUCUUAGUUUCUCUAUUGCUGCAAUCUACUCCAGUGGUUCCCCAAGCUGGCCAUCAUCAUCACUGGGGCUUGAUAAAGACACUAUUGUGAUCCAUUCCUGAGAAUUCUUUUCUCUAGGUCUAGGGAGAGGAUCUUUUAUAACAGACUACAGGUGCGUCAGAUGCAUAGGCAAAGUUGAAAAUCCGGGACCUUGUGUAUUUAAUCACGUAGACCGUUUAAAUCUGUGAUGUUCACAGCAUUGCGGAGGGAGCCCAUUUCUCUCCCAAAUGUCAUCUGUGCUGUUUAAAGCCCUUUGCUGCCUGCAUGGGGACUGGAAAGGGGUAUUAAAGGCUGCUCAGAAGCUCAUUCAUGUUCAGCACUGCCUCUUAGGUUGUAAGACAUCAUCCACCCCCCCGCCCCGCCAGCCGCCGCCCCAGCACUAGGAGACACUAAACUAUGGCUGCAUGUCUGCCCUGGGAAAGUUCCUAAGAUGUCCUGGGAGCAGGGCAAGCUUUUGGAAGUCAUGUAGUCCAGUGCCUUCAAGCGUGCUUUAGUCAUCGAGCCCUUCAUAAAGUCUUUCUUGAAGUCCCAAUGUCAAAAGCAGAAAAGCAGCUUCUCUCUUGAGAAUUCUCAGGGUUUUCUUUGAAACCAUUGAAGUCCAAGCCCUUCAUUUAACAGAUGAGGAACCUAGGGCCCAGAGGCAAAAUGACUGGGGCCAGAUGCUACUACUGGGCUGUAGGUCUGCAGUGGACUCAUUUGGGGGUUUAAAACAACAGUCCCUCCUGUAGUCCUUUAGAGCUUCCCCAGGGCAGGUGUUGGUGGCAGAAGCUGAGGUGCUGCUAUUGGACUGAUCCUUUUUGGCAGCUACAGGAAGAAGGACCUGGGUGGGUGGAAGGCAGGAGAAUGGAGAGGAUUGAACAUCUUUUAAAAAUUACGUCUGGUGAGUUAAGGGUCAGCUGAAUUCUGUAAAAGGGAUUCCACCUUCUGCUCAAUGAUUUCAGUGGUGUCUGGCUUCAACUCAAAGGGAGGGAGCCUAUUGGAGGGAAAUCACUCUGGAGUUGACAGAUGCAGUUUAAAUGUUGGCUUCUUCAUGUGAUGGCUGUGUGGUCUUGGGCAGGGAUAAGGACCCCUGCUUUGCUCCAUGCUGAAUGAGAGCUUGUACACAGAGUCAGGACUGCCUGGGUGUAAGGUGUCCAGGGAGUGAUGGCUGACUUUGUGCUCCGAGUAAUUGGGAGGCAUGGGUGAGCCUGAGUUCCUAGAAGGUAUUUUCUUGGUAGAUUAGGGCAUCUGUGAGAGGCUGGCUGGCUUGAGGAAGAGUUCCUAACCUAGAUUUCUCUGUUGCUACUGCGGGAGCCCUGCCGCCAGGCUAAUAACAAAACCAAAAUAGGAUAUUGUGAUGCAGAGACUGACCCAAUAGGGAUCAGAGCUUUAGCCCGCCCCCGGGAUUCUGAGCCUCCCAGGCUGAGACCCACCCAUUUGGGGGCCUCUUGUUGACCCUGACACCUCCCCCGGGUGUGAGGCUCUGAGAUGGGGGCUGGAUUCCAGGAAGGAUAUCUGUUCUAUGUAGCAUUUAGUGAUUUAAAAUGGAUCCAAAUACUUGAUGGUAUGCUUUUUAGUAUCUCAAAAUGGUGACUGUCAAAAGUCUUGGCACCGAAACAAAGGAGUCAGACAUCAUGUUCUCUUGUUCUGUAGCUGAACAGCCUGUGGGGCAAACAAACUGAGGGGCACUGGGCAUCUCUAGUGGGACAGUCUGUGGAGUCCUGGCAUGCCAUUCGGAGCCGGGGUCCCCCACCGCUCAGGGUCUGCUGGUCCUCCGGCUGAUGAAAGUGCCUUGUCUUUCUCUUUUUUUAAAAACAAUUUAAUUUUCAAAUAUUUAUUUAUUUAUUUUUGGCUGCAUCAGGUCUUAGUUGCGGCAUGCAGGCCGUCUAGUUGUGGCACGCAGGUUCAGUAGUUGUGGCGCUGGCGCAUAGGAUCUUAGUUCCCUGACCAGGGAUCGAACCAGCAUCCGCUGCAUUGCAAGAUGGAUUCUUAACCACUGGACCACCAGGGAAGACCCUGCCUUGUCUUUCUUGAUUAGGGUUUUUAGUCUUUUAUUUUGUGUGUGUGUGCCAUGGACCCUUCUAGCAGUCUAAGGACCCCUUCUCAGAAUAAUGUUUUUAUUUUACAUGUAUGAAAUAACACUCCAGAAACAUUUAAGAAAAUAAAUUGUAUUGAAACACAGUUACCAAAAUAUAAAAACAAAUCUGUGAUAGGUGUGCUUCUUUAUUGAGACAUCAAAUAACAAGAUCCAGUGGUAGGUCUAGUAACUAGCACAAUGGUAAUGAAACUAAAUGGUAUUUUGAAAUUCUGCAACAACUGUAAGAUGUUAGGAAAAUAACUCUGAUUUCCAUUGCUGACAAGCAAAUACAAUAUUCCAGUGAUUUGUUGCCUACAUUCAUAAUGGAAGGAAAGGCUAAAAUUUCAAGUAGAGACCAGUGACAAUAGAGAUGUGAAUUUUAAAGCUCACAGACCACCUGGAUCCUGCCCAAGGCUUCUGUCCUUAAUCCUCAGAUUAAGAAACCCUGGGCUAGAUCCAAAUCUUCCAGGUCACCUGGUGACCAAGGUAGACAAAUGUGUCCCCUUUUACUAUGUGUCUUGAGUGAGUCAGGCCUCAGCCGCAGCACUGGGCUUCUUGUGUGACAGCUGUCUGGGCACUGGCCAAUGGGCACACAACGAGCAACCCCGAUGUAAUUGAAAAUGUUCUUGGAAUCACAUUUAAAAGUGUAAGAAGAAGGUGAAAUUAAUUUUAACAUUGUAUUUUAUUUAACCUAGUAUAUCCAAAAUGCCAUUAUUUCAACAUGUAAUCUGUAUAAAAACUACUCAUGAGA